CCAUCAGUUAAACGCGAACUUCGGUCGCGAUCAGAUCGCGCUUCUCUCCCUUUACAUCGAAGAUAACGCCUUCAAAAAAAGACUAACACUGGAACAUUCGCCGAGAGAAAAAAAAUCGAAACUGUUUAUCACAGCGGUGUUAAACAGAUGAUAUGUGUAUAUUUCAUAGUGACACCGAAUUGCUGCUGGACUUAUUGAAGUUUCGCUGAUUUUCUACUAACUAAUUGCUGAAGCAGAUCAGUAUUCUCUUUGGACUCUCAUCAGUUCCCACAUCACCUUCUGAAGGAUCCGGUUGUUGAAAGCUAGUCACGUCGUACCGUGCGUGCGAUCAACUCACAAGUCAGAAGCACAUUUCCGCCUACAAAAAAAAAACGCUUACGUAAGCUCAGAGCACCGUUUAUUGCAUCUUGCUUCGCAUCUACCAGUCAUCGUGGAGACGCCCGGCAAUUGCCGUGACAUCUUCGAUGCUGUCUCUAUCAUCAUCACCACAAAAGCAACAGUACUAAUAGCACUGAUUUCACGAUAAGCUCCGCGUCGAAAACACGAAGAGAUGGGUAACUCACUUUGCAAGGAGCCUCGUGCAGGGAGUUCGAUGCGCCCCGGAAGAGUACUGGACAGAUUUGGAAAUAUUAUGUGCCCUAGCGGAUUGAACAAGAACAAACAUGGAAUUAACAAAACCUACUUGAGUCGUCACGUUUUGGAAACCAGUUCGAAACCGAACACCUUAAGUGGUUGGAGCAACGUCCCUCUAGCAUCCCCUGAGUCCUCCAAAGUAAUCGACAGAGCUCCGGUGGCACCACCACGCAAGAAAAGGGCCACCCUAGAGCGCGGAACCUCGCCGGAUGCAAUGAUGAAGGUUAGAAACGGUUUCAAGGACGUUUUUGGAGCCGAAAGCCGUCGUCAAUCAUGUGACGUUGUCGUCAAAGGAAAGUCCUUGGACACAGUUGAUAAAAGUUUUCCACUGAAAUCGCAAUCUAGUUUCGAAAUCGAUGUCAAAGAUGAAGAAUUCAGCGACUUUUCGAAAGUUCCAACCAAGACGGAAAUGGAACCAUCUUCUAAAGAUUCGCUUCACAACGAAGGGAAAACUCAAGUGUCUCGAGUGGGUAACCGAAAGUCCGACAAGUUCUUCGGCGAAAAUCUGUCCGAUGCGCUAUCGGGUGUGCCGGUGGUCGUUGAAAGAAGGAAAAGCGCCAAAAAGGGAAUGGCAGAUUUGGAUAAGAUCGAUCAAUUCAUCGAAAAGAAUGUACUGAAUAUGAAUGCUAAACCAGACUCAAAAGACGUCCCGGAGAUAAAAGUAACAGAACCUGAUUUAAACCCGGAGAAGAGUGCCCCUAAACUAGAGGAACCAAAAUCCGAAAAGGUUAAAGAUUCUCCUAAAGAUAAGAAAUCGGAUGAAGAAAAUUUAAUGAGAUAUAUAGAUGAGUCUAUGAUAAAAGAAACAAGCCUGGGAAAGAAAGCCGAAUUUUUGAUGGCUAUGUUGGAAGACUAUCCUGAGGACCGAUACUUGGGCAUGACGCCUGUAGAAGAACCGAUAAUCGUUCCAAGAAAACGAAAAUCGCGUCACAUUUGCGACAAUGACGAACACAUGCAUGAUAUGCUCCAUAAGCACGAGUGUAAAGACAACUCUUCGAAGAAUCUUAUAACAACUGAAGCGUCGAUUGAAACUCCUCCACGAAAACCAGAUCGAGACUUCAGUAAAUACCUUGCACCCCGCAUGGGCGACGGAGACGAAACGGACGAUUCCACCUGUUCCGGACCUGUACGUAGACGUUCGGUUCAACAAGCACCGCCUUCACCACCAGUCUUACACAGAAUGUUGAAGAGUCGGUCUGAGACAGAAUUCCAACAAAAUAUUUCAGACACGGUAACCAGUACUCCAAAGAAGCUCGACGCAACAGUUGAAACCAAAGCCCACUCACCACGAACGCUGAAACGAAUUAUUUCGAUGCCAACUACUAUCAACUUGGCAAAACAAGAAUCCAGGAGUCCAAGCCCAAGACCCACGUUUGUGAAAAGCAACAGUUCCAGUUCAUUCCUUAUUAUGGAUCUCCAACAGGCGCAUAAGAAAGUCGUACCGUUCACUCCAGAAGAUCCUCAGCACAACGUUCCGGAUGAUCUUGUCAAGCCAAAGUCACGUCUUGCCAUUCGCAAAAUAUCCACCAAAUCAAAUGAAAGUGCUUCAUGCAUUUCGACUCCAACACUGGAAAUCCCUGCUCCAAAGUUCACCAUCGGUAGCAGUGAAUGUCUGUCCAAGCCUCCAGAUGUGGAACCUCCACCACCUCCUGUGCCCAAACGUAGAAAAACAUCCACCGGAGACAGCAAACCAUCGUCUCCGCGUGGCCUGCUCGGCUAUGACUUGGGUGGUUUCUUGGUAUCCUCGAACAUUCUUCCACAUCACGAUAUAACCCAGGUGAUCAACAGCGUCUACAACGAGAAGAACAACGGCGUCAACAUUGUGGAAGCGUUCCAAAUUUACUUAGAGGACCAGAUCAACGCAGAAUUGAACAAUCCGGACACAAAGAACCCCAACACAGUGAAGCUUUUGGAAGCUUUGACUAAACAAUCCGACCCGGAGGACAGACUGGAAGACAUCAACAUUGAUUUAGUAGACUCGGAGAACUCGAAUAAAUCCUCGGAUAUUGACGACUGUUUCGAUCCAGAGUUUGAAAAAAUCGAAAAAACCGAAGUGGAAGAAGCAGUCCAACACCACGGAAGUGUCGACGACGUGGACAACUGGUUCGACAACAAUUCUGAUGCGGGAUCCGUUAUCGAAGGGUCCGACAAGUUGGGUACUAUGGUCACAGUUAAGAACGGUGUACCUCGUACUGGACGUCGCGAGAGCAUCGAAGACGUGGACAAUUGGUUCAAGAACCACAUUCAGUCCAGUCUACUCGACGAACAGAUUAUAGGAGUUCGCAAGCAGCGCAGAGGAUCGGAUGGAUUACUAGGCUACGACACGACUCGUCAGUAUCCCUUCGGGGCAGGCAGACAACGUCAUGAUUCACAAUCUGCCGAGUUGUUCGAGGACAUUACCAAACUGCACGAUUUGGGCAGCGAAGAGGACGUUAAAGGCAAAACGCAGCUUUCGGUGGUGAAGAACGAUCGACUGCGGGACCGACGUGGCUCGGAUGGACUGGUUUUCUACGACACAACUCGAAAAUUUCCAUUUGGGGAACCGAACGAAAAUUUACCGAAGGCCCUCGAGAAGAGUCAGAAGGACGAACGGAAAACUUCCAGCAACAACGAAAUAAGCGAAUCGAAGUUGAGCAAGGCCAAUGUGGAAAAGCACACGGCGAAGGAGCAGGUUGAUGGGUCGUCGGAUCAUUCCACGUUAUUGAAAUUUUUGUCGAAGGAAAAUUUGGUAGAAUAGCGUGUAGUUCUGAGAUUUAGCAGAAUUGGUGUUACAUUUCCAUUUGAGUCAGUAUUAUCUAUAGCGUCUAGGCUAAACUAUGUAGACCGAUAUAUUUUAGCACAUGAUUGUUGCCCGUUAAUCAUUAGAACUAUUGAUAAGGAAAAGUACUAAGCUUGCCGUAAAAAGAGAUGUUAUUACCAGAA